AUGGUAAAAGCCGUCUGUGUUUUGAACGGUGAAGAUGUCAAAGGUACCAUUUUUUUCUCACAAACUGAUGACAAAUCUCCGGUUGAAAUAACUGGUGAAUUAACUGGACUAGCUAAAGGCCGCCAUGGAUUUCAUAUACAUGAAUUUGGUGAUAACACUAAUGGUUGUAUGAGCUCUGGUCCACAUUUUAAUCCUUUUGGAAAAACCCAUGGAGCUCCUAAUGAUGAAGUGAGACAUGUUGGUGACUUGGGUAAUAUUGAAGCUCCUGGUUCAUCUGUGACAAAAAUAGAAUUUAAUGAUCCAAUCAUAUCGCUUACGGGACCUCUCAACAUUAUAGGUCGUACUUUAGUAGUACACGCCGACCAAGAUGAUUUAGGUAAAGGAGGACAUGAAUUAAGUAAAACUACAGGAAAUGCUGGAGCCAGAAUAGCUUGUGGAGUUAUUGGAAUCACCAAAUAA